CCUCUUCAACACUUAUCACACUUCCCUAACAAUGAAUCCUCCAAAGGUCCGGUACAUCUCAGAGUGCUUCAUCAAACCCAGGUCUUCAGCAGACGAAGAGGAGACCAAGCAGCCAAUAAUCCACUUGGCUCCAGGGGACCUAGCCAUGCUCUCAGCCCAUUACAUCCAAAAGGGUCUUCUCUUUGUCAAGCCCUCUUCAAUGAAUGAUCAAGAAAACACAGUCAGAGCUCUCUUGGAGAAGCUCAAGGGGUCCCUUUCUCUCACUCUCGUUCAUUUCUACCCUCUUGCUGGUCGGCUCGCGACGUCCAAACAAGAAAACCCACCUCAUUACUCCGUCUACAUCGACAACGACAACAGUCCCGGCGCCAGAUUCAUCCACGCCGCCGUGAAUUUGACUGUCUCUGACAUUCUUUCACCAGUGGAUGUACCACUAGUUGUGCAAUCGUUCUUUGACCAUGACAGGGCCAUCAACCACGACGGGCAUACCCUGUCGUUGCUGUCAAUUCAGGUGACACAGUUGAUUGAUGGCAUCUUCAUAGGAUGUUCCGUUAACCACGUGAUUGUUGAUGGAACAUCCUACUGGCAUUUUUUCAAUGCUUGGUCAGAUAUUUUCAUGACAAACAAUUCUUCCAUUUCUCGACCUCCUGUUCUCAACAGGUACAACCAUGUUCUCAACCUUCCUUUCACCCACCCCGAUCAAUUCGUCAGCAGGUACGAAGCGCCUCCGUUGAGAGACAGAAUUUUCCACUUAUCCACAGAAUCCGUAGCAAAACUAAAAGCGAUAGCCAACGGGGAGUGUCAAACCAAUAGGAUAUCCUCCUUGCAAUCUGUGAGCGCGCUCAUCUGGAGGUGCAUCACAAGGACGCGACGCCUACCCUACGAUCAGGAAACCAGUUGCAGAAUGUCUAUCAAUAACCGAACACGAAUAGAACCGCCUUUGCCAGAGGAGUAUUUUGGGAAUUCUCUACAAACAGUGAGAGGCAUUGCUAAAGCAGGCGAGCUGCUCGAGCAGGGGCUCGGGUGGGCAGCGUGGCGGCUGAGGGAAGCGGUGGCGAACCACACCGACAAGGCGGUGAGGGAGUGGACGGAGGAGUGGUUGCAGAAACCAUAUAUAUAUCAGCUUGGUCGAUUCUUCGACCCUUGCACCGUAUUGGUGGGAAGUUCACCGAGGUUUGAAAUGUAUGGGAAUGAAUUUGGGAUGGGGAGAGCGGUGGCGAUUCGAAGUGGAUAUGCGAAUAAGUUUGACGGGAAAGUGACGACGUACCCGGGAUAUGAAGGCGGAGGAAGCAUGGAUUUAGAGGUGUGCCUUUCGCCGGAGUCGAUGAGGGACCUUGAAUCCGAUAGGGAGUUCAUGGAUGCUGUCUGUAUUUGAUCAUAUGCUGUUUAGUAGAUUAAAUGUUUCAUUCCAUUUAGUACAUUAAAUAAAUUUUGUUAGUAUAACAUUACCAUUUUUGUAUAAGAAAACCAAUCCAAAACAAAUAAAUAAAUAAAUAAUUCUACUGAUUAAUCGGAAAUGGAAGAACUAAUUGCAAACCAGUAAAAAUUUUACAA